AUAGGUCGCGGCAUCGCUCUUCGGCUUGCACGGGAUGGCUUUAACGUCGCUCUCAAUGAUUUACCCAACAAGGAUGCCAAGCUGGAGGCAGUAGCGACUGAAAUUGAAAGCCUUGGGAGACAAGCAUGCAUCGUUCCUGCCGACGUGACGGUCGACAAACAAGUCAAAGAGAUGGUCGAUGAAGCUGUUACACAACUUGGUGGACUGGACGUCUCUACGAUUGACGGUUUCUCAUGUCCUCCGCUAGCGACUGUAGAGUCAUGGGACCACAUACUCUCAGUAAACGCCCGUGGAGCUUAUUUAUGUUACAAGUAUGCUGCAAUACAAAUGAUCGAACAGGGGCGCGGCGGUCGAAUCAUUGGUGCGAGCUCAAUCGCAGGUAAAAUGGGCUUCCCCUACGAAUCCUCGUAUACAGCGAGCAAAUUUGCGAUUCGAGGGCUCACUCAAGCUGCAGCUGUUGAACUCGGUCAAUAUGGGAUCACUGUCAAUGCAUAUGCUCCGGGCAGGAUACAGACUCCUAUGAGUAAGCUCGAACUAAUUUCCGAUUUCUCAGCUGAUUCCUACAACAUCGAUCAGGUAUUUGAGAAUGUCCCCAUCAAGCACAUCGGACAGCCCGAAGAUAUAGCUAGCAUCGCAAGCUAUCUCGCAUCGAAGGAAGCGCACUUUAUUACCGGCCAGUUCAUGCCUUUAUUGUGCCUGUCUCCUGCUCACGUAGCAUGUAAUGUCUCCAGGUCAAUACAGAACGUGAGUUCGAGCCUCCAUCAUGUGCGUUGCGCCAGCUUACGCCGAAUCAUAACGUUCAUGUCUAUCUCGAAAGGUAUAGCAUUGAUAACAGGGUCUGCUCAGGGAAUCGGUCGCGGCAUCGCUCUACGGCUUGCACGAGAUGGCUUUAACAUCGCUCUCAAUGAUUUACCCAACAAGGAUGCCAAGCUGGAGGCAGUAGCGACUGAAAUUGAAAGCCUUGGGAGACAAGCAUGCAUCGUUCCCGCCGACGUGACCGUCAACAAACAAGUCAAAGAGAUGGUCGAUGACACUGUUACAAAACUUGGUGGACUAGACGUCAUGGUUGCGAAUGCUGGAGUGGUGGAGUUUGCCUCGCUUGUGUCAUCGACUGUAGAGUCAUGGGACCGCACACUCUCAGUAAACGCCCGUGGAGCUUAUCUAUGUUACAAGUAUGCUGCAAUACAGAUGAUCGAACAGGGGCGUGGCGGUCGAAUCAUUGGUGCGAGCUCAAUCGCAGGCAAAAUGGGCUUCCCCUACGAAUCCUCGUAUACAGCGAGCAAAUUUGCGAUUCGAGGGCUCACUCAAGCUGCAGCUGUUGAACUCGGUCAAUAUGGGAUCACUGUCAAUGCAUAUGCUCCGGGCAGGAUACAGACUCCUAUGAUGGUUUAUGUCGGUGAGCAGAGCGCGAUGACAAACUUUACCCAGAUACUGAACACCUGCUUUCUUCACAACCUCGAUAAGUUAAUGGAGAAUGUCCCUAUCAAGCACAUCGGACAACCUGAAGAUAUAGCUAGCAUCGUAAGCUAUCUCGCAUCGAAGGAAGCGCACUUCAUUACUGGUCAGUUCAUGCCUUUAUUGUGCCUGUUUUCUGCUCACGUAGCAUGUGAUGUCUCCAGGUCAAUGUGUAGGUCGAUUUAG